CUUCUGUUCAGCACACAAAGAGAAGCAGAGAAAAGGGAAGCUGCCCGGGUCUGACACUUCACCCUGUGAUUAACGACGGCCGUGCACUGGUCACCACUAAUCUGCCUGAGUGAAAAGCAAUCAGAGGAUUAGCUGCUUCAGAGUUGAGACCAUCUGUGUCCUGGACAUCUCUAAGAUGGAGAAAAGGUGAAGCAGCUGUGAACUUUCUGAGGAGUGUGUUGAUAAAAGAACCAAGAAUAACAUCUAAAGCACUGCAGGGCUGAUCUCAAGCUAAGGAUCAAGCUGAAGGAAAACUCACCAAUGUCAAACUUCCACUACGUGUCGCUGCUGCCACCUGCUGGACAAGAGGCGUAAAGUGCAGCUGUAAUUCUAUUGGCUGAAUAUAUGUGACGCCAUGAAAAACAAGGAAAUGAAACUAACCAGGUUUCAGGUAUGGGUGACUCUUCUCUAAACCCAGUUGUUUGGCUCGGUGUGGGCUCCAGCUUUGCCUUCUCCGGUUUGUUUUAUCAUCUCUAUCGGGAAAAGAAGAAGGAGUUAAUAAAGCUCAAGGAAAUCCCAAUUUUCCAACCUGAUGAACAUUUACUCAAAGUGCUGAACGCCUCCCCGCACAAGCGACUCCAGUAUGUUGCUGUUGAAGGUGUUGUUCACGCUGAUGGGGAGCCCCUGACAAGCAAGUUCGUCCCUCGGUGCCAGGGUGUGAUCCAGAAGGUUGUUCAGCUGGAGCGCUGGAAAUGCUGGAACAAUAUCACCAGGACCUGGAACUCCCGGACAACCAACCAGAAAGAGUCCAGCCACACCGUCCCCUUCAGCUUAGUCCAGCCUGGUUCAUACAUCUCCCAAGUCUACGUGAAGGUGCAGGACCCCCUGGAGGCCUCCGGUGGCUACAUGGAGGUGGUCCACUCCAAAGCCAGACGCGCUCAGGAGAGCCUGGUGGACGUGGUGGUGCAGGGCCUGAGAGGUGAAAAACCCAUGGCCAUGGAGGAGAGCGAAGAGAUGCUGCGCGUGGGGAGCAGCCUGACCGGGUUCGGGGAGGUGGUGCUGGAGGGGGGCCAGGUGAUCAGGCUACAGGCCCCGCAGGACGGACGCAGCUACGUGUUGGUGCCCAGCGACUACAGGAGCUUCAUGGACAGACACGAGGCUUCGGCCACCAUGUGGAAGGCGCUGACAGCUGUGACGGGACUCACCGGGGCUUCCCUGUUGGCCUGCGUCGUGUCCAGUUUCCUGGGCAAACGGGACGACAGAUCCAGAUAGGCCCGAACCUUUUGUAGCUGGACUCGUUCAUGUGUGAUCCAGUGCCUUAAGUGUGCCGUGGGUUGCUUUGAAACACAUGUUCCAGGCUCGAAACAUAAAAAGAUGAAGACGUUUUUGAGAAGAAAACCAUGACCAUACAAAAAAAAUAAUAAUCAUGCAUACUAUGUUUUCCCAAUAACCCUGGUAUCUGAAGGCUCUUACUUUUAAAGGUUUGCACUAAUGGACCAAUUCAAAGCUUUGGACCCGUUUUAUUUGAGUUCACUUCUUGUUGAACAGUUACUGCUAGAUAUACCGUAUGUUUAGUGACUACUGAGUGAUCUAACGUGAAGACAAUGUGAAGCAACACAAGCCUUUUGUGCAUUUGUAGCUGCUGUUUAUUAAAAGGGAACAAGUUAAUUUAACAAACAUGCAGUUUUAUUUUAUUUUUAAAUCGGUGCUGGUUAAAAAAAUUAAUAAAAAAAUUGUCUUUGCCAGUUUUCACUUUUCCAAGUAUGAAUUUGUCAUGCCACUGUCUAAAAUCAUUCCUGAUUCAAAUGUAAUUAUUUUACAAGUGGGUGUAAGAAAAUAGUUACAUGAUCUUAAUAAAUCUUCUACCUCCCGGA